AAAAAUUCAAAAUUUUAAAGGCACGCCUCGUCCUCAGCUUCUCACCCAACCCGCCUUGGUCGUCACGCCUUUCCCCUUCUCUCGCUGCUGCUGCCUCAGACGCAUCGUGCAGCUCCUGCUCUCCCGACUUCACGCCAGAAAUCACUGCUGCUGCCUUCUCUCGCCGCUGCUGCCUCAGACGCCAUCAACGCUCGCAUUCACUGCUCUUGAGGGACUGUUUGCUACCUCCUGCUUUCCCCUUCCACAAGGUUUACAGUUAAGUUACCAGUGCUGGAAGAAUCUCGAGAGAUACUGUAUAUGCCAUCUCUUAUUAGAGGUUAAGCUCAUGGCUGCUAUCCACAGUCUCUUUAUCAUCAAUAAAUCUGGUGGACUAAUCUUUUACAAGGAUUAUGGAUCAACAGGACGCAUGGAUACAAAUGAUAGCUUGCGUAUAGCAAGUCUCUGGCAUUCAAUGCAUGCAAUUUCCCAACAGUUGUCUCCAACAGUGGGUUGUACAGGAAUUGAACUUCUUGAGGCAGAUACAUUUGAUCUUCAUUGUUUCCAGUCAUUAACAGGAACAAAAUUUUUUGUGGUAUGCGAGCCUGGUAUGCAGAACAUGGAAGCCCUUUUGAAGUUUAUAUAUGAAUUAUACACUGAUUAUGUUUUGAAAAAUCCAUUCUAUGAGAUGGAAAUGCCAAUCCGGUGUGAGCUCUUUGAACUUCAUCUUUCUCAGGCAGUCCGGAAAGACCGCAUAAGCUUAAUUGGGCGAUAGGCCAAUUUUUCCUUCAGGUCCUAAAUUGAGAGCUGUUGUACGUCAACAAUUUUUUUUUACUUGCAGGUGCUUGUUUGUGGUUCUAUAUCCUGUGGACAUUGGUUAAUAGUCAACUGAGUUUUGGUUUUCUAUGGUAUUUGCAAAUGAGUAGAGGGCUGGAAUCCAUGUCCAGCUUGGUUUGGGUCCCGAAGACUGUUGAACAAGAAAAGUUUUAUGUUUUAGGAGGUUCCUUGUAAUAUUAAAGAGUUAUAAGAUCUCUUUAAUAUUUUCCUUAUUUUC